GUCACAUCAGGGCUGUGCUUUUGUUAUGUCAUUCAUGCUGCGGAAUUCUGAAUGGCCGUAAACAGUGAUUAUGAGACUACAGUCGGUGCAUUUUUUUGGGGGUGGAUUUUUUAGUUGAUGUUUUUGGUUGAUAAAUUGGGUUGAUUUUGGUGUUAGCUUGACGAUUCGUCCACGAAAUUUUUUGCUCAAAUAACAACACAACGAAGCAGGCGGGUUUCAGGUAGCCCUUUAAAAACACACCACAGAUUCAACUUCAACAGACGAGUUGCUUGCAAUCGUUCCAGCUCGCCAAAGGGUGAGAGGAAAUUCCAGCAAAAGAGAGAGCACCCGCGCGCACGUUGUCCGAUCGUACGAUCUCUCACAACACUUCCAGCCGACGAUCGCCGAACCGCCUGCUCAGUUCGCUCAGGAUGACGCAACCACAACGCCAGGCCAUGUUCGCUCGCGUUUCCUUCUACCCGACGUUGUUCUACAACGUGUUUAUGGAGAAAGUGACCAAACGGAACUGGUACGAUCGGAUCGACGAGAACAUGAUCUUGGGGGCGCUGCCGUUCCGGUCGUUUGCGCCGGAGAUGAUCAAACAGGAAAACAUCAAGGCGGUCGUGUCGAUGAACGAGGACUACGAGCUGUGGGCGUUCUCGAACAACAAGGAUCGGUGGGCGAAGCUAGACGUUGAGUUCCUGCAGCUGGCCACGACGGACAUCUUUGAGGCGCCCUGCCAGGACAAACUGUGGACCGGGGUGAGGUUCAUCAACGGGUUUCUUCCGCAGGACAAGAGCAUAGCGGGGCUGCCGGCGGUGGAAGGAGAGCAAAAGGCACCGGGAGAUCGAGUUGGGACGGUGUACGUUCACUGUAAGGCCGGCAGGACGAGGAGUGCCACGCUGGUCGGGUGCUACUUGAUGAUGCGCAACGGCUGGAGCCCGGAACGGGCCGUGCAACACAUGCGCGAGUGCCGACCGCACGUCCUGCUCGGCAGCAAGCAGUGGGAAGCGCUGCGGAUAUUCCACAGCACACGGAUCGCACCGGAAGCGACGACAACGACCUAAAAUAGACUGCUCAGCAAAGGUCUAGUUCUGUAAAUAAGAAGAAGCUUAUCGAGAUGACCCCAGACGCCUAUAGAGUUCCGAAGGAAGCAUGGACAACGGAUUUAGAGAUUAUUUAUCUACGGCAUUCGCAUCUUUCGACUCGAUACAGUAAUGUAUUUACUUUGAAAUAAGAGACAUAACUUUGUUAUUCAAAUUUGCUUUCGCUCGGCGACUCAAGAUCGUGAUCA